UUUUCAAACGAGAUAAUAUGAAUUUAAUUAUGGUUCAAAAGGUCUUGUUGAAACAAGUAUUACUUGGUACAAGAAUCGUUAUUACCACAUUAGACCAUAAAAUAUUAAGAGUAAACAUCACGGAAGUCAUCACGCAAGAUUAUGUUAAAUUAAUCCACAAUGAAGGGAUGCCUGAUAUGAAUGAUCCAACACAACGUGGUGACAUAAUCAUCCGGUUUGACAUAAUUUAUCCUCUUUAUUUAUCAAUUACAGAUGACACAUUUUGUGAAUUAUUUAAAGACAAUAAAAUAAAUACUUAAGUAGUUAUAAUUG